AACACCAUCUGUUAUUGAAUCUUCUAAUUGCUGGAACAUUUCUACAAAUUUCGCGAUUAGAAAACAAACAGAACUCUGGUCACUGUGAUAAUCUCGAAAUGUCGUAGUUGUUUCCAAACCACCGACGCUAAAACUCAAGAUGCGUUGCUUAUUUUCAAUUAUUUUGGUGCUACUUUUGUCCCACGAGGGCACAACCCUCGAGUGUGCGAUCCCUCCAGAACCACGAGUGCGUUUUUUCGAUUCGAUAAUUCACUAUGAGGGAAAUCGCAUCCCUUUCAGUGUUCUCAGAGCGGGCUGGCAAGGCAGUGACGUCCAGUUCACAUUUACCACAAUAAACAAACUCACGAAAAAUAUUUUUGUCACUUAUGAUUCACAAGCGAUAAUUUCGCUAAAACUGAGCGGAAAACAAAUCAAAGAAGUGGAAGACGGGGCCUUUGUGACGCUUGUUUGCCUCCAAGAGCUCCUCCUAGACCGUAACAAUAUCACAAAGUUGGCAAAAAAUAUUUUCACCGACUUGGAACGCUUGGAAAAGCUUGACUUGAGCAACAAUCGCAUCGAAGUCAUCGACGAUUUUGUGUUCUCCCAGUUGGCAAGCCUGAAGAUCCUGAAUUUGGGGAAUAACCGAAUCGAGAAAUUGCAAAAUUUGGCGUUUGCCAACCUCACAAAAUUGGAAUAUUUGAAUUUGGAACGCAACGAAAUUGGCAAAAUUGCGCCCGAUUUAUUUCUCCCGUUGACAAGUUUGAGUAAUUUGACUUUGGCGUGGAACAUGUUGAAUGUGGAGCCGGAGAAAUGGCACGGUUUGGCACAUUUGCAUUUUCUGGACUUGGCUGCGAACAACUUGGACCAUUUUGACCCGAGUUACAAUUUCACGUUUCGCAAUUUGCGCGGUUUAAAUUUGAGCUUGAAUUCUCUGAGUCAGUUGAACGUUUUCGAAAUCAAGCGGCACUUGCCCCGGCUUGAGUUGAUCGAUUUGAACGGAAAUGCGUGGUUCUGCGACGAUCUGGAGCGAAUUGUUCGCGAACUGAACGAUUCAAGGAUCAAAGCAGCGCCGGGGAAUCACACAAGGGGAGUGCGCGGGAUUGCCUGCAGUGAAGUACCGGGGUAUUCAACCAGGGGUACCACUCUGAUUGUCACAACUAGCGUGAAAACCCCGACUUGGGUGAAAAAGGACGAGCUGGAGCGAUACGUCGAGCGGAAAAUUGCAAAUAACAGUGAGAAAAUCGAGAGCUCGAUUGCGACGUUGCGAAGCUUUGUUGUUUUCGUGUUUGCGCUCGUUUGUCUUUUUAUCUUGUUUGAAAUUUUAGUACGGCUUGAUUGUUGCCGGAGUGUUAUCGGGAGGCUCCGGGGAGGCAAUGAACUGUAUGUUGAUAACAAUGACGUUGAAAAUUUUAGACUGUUAGGCAGAUAAUUCGUUUCGUUCACCUAUUAUUGCCUGUGAUGUGAUAUUUUUGUACCGUUUUUUUUCUGAAUAAAUUUUGUGAUAAAAGAA